AUGGCUAAGAGGGCCGCCGAAUCGGAUGAGAAAGAGCUGGAAGCUAUCAAAAAUGGCGAGCGACCUAUGGAAAUCGACGGAGACGAAGUGGGGGAAUUCGAAGACGAAUAUGAGGACGAGUUCGAGAGCGACGACGAGAUAUUGGAGGCGGGAGUGGAUGGGCGGCCAGAUGAAGAGAGGGAAGCAGAGGAACGAGAGAACGCUAUGGAAGUCGACCAGGGCACUUUCAUACCCGGCCGGCACAAGCUCUCCGCUGGCGAGACCCUCGCGCCUGAUCUAUCUACAUACGAAAUGCUACAUACCCUUGAAGCGCCGUGGCCAUGUCUCUCCUGCGACAUAAUACCGGAUAACCUAGGUUCGAACCGCAAGACUUACCCCGCGACCGUCUACUCGGUGGCGGGCACUCAGGCAGCGCGAGGCCGAGAGAAGGAGAACCAGAUCAUGGUGAUGAAGAUGAGCAGUCUGUCGCGCAUGGAGCGGGAAGACGAAGAGGAGGAGGAAGAUUCGGACGACGAGGCUUCAGAUCCCAUACUGGAGACCAAGUCAAUACCCAUGAACAGCUGCACAAACAGGAUACGCGUACAUCAGCUUCCACAGACGACAUCGGGGAAACUGCCUACUACCCUCACUGCAGCAAUGACAGAAUCGGGCCAGGUUUUAAUACACGACAUAACGCCCCAUCUCACAGCCUUCGACACCCCCGGAACCACAAUCACUCCCGCACAGAACAAGCCAGUCUCCACAAUACGAGCACACAAGUCAAGUGAAGGGUAUGCACUGGAUUGGUCACCUCUCAUACCAGAAGGAAAACUCUUAACGGGUGACGUGUCUGGCAAGAUCUUCGCCACGACACGGACACAAGGUGGAGGCUUCGUCACCGACACGACCCCCUUCACGGGGCAUCAGGGCACCGUAGAAGAGCUGCAGUGGUCGCCGACAGAAAAGCACGUCUUCGCCUCCGCAUCGAAUGACGGCUCGGUAAAGAUCUGGGAUGCGCGGUCAAAGUCGCGGAAACCAGCUGUCAGCGUUCAGGUCUCAAAAACAGACGUCAACGUGCUGAGCUGGUCACACCAAACUUCACAUCUUCUUGCCUCUGGCGCGGACGACGGCGAGUGGGCCGUCUGGGAUCUCCGGCAAUGGAAACCUUCAACAUCGAUGACCAAUGACAAGAAGCCGUCGCCAGUCGCAUCGUACACGUUCCACAAGGAGCAGAUCACGUCAGUAGAGUGGCAUCCGACCGACGACAGCAUCGUGCUCGUGUGCGCGGGCGACAACACGCUUACGCUGUGGGAUUUGGCUGUCGAGCUGGAUGACGAGGAGAGCAGAGAUACUGGCGGCGUGCAGGAUGUCCCGCCGCAGUUGCUAUUCGUGCAUUACAUGGAGCAGGUCAAGGAAGCGCACUGGCAUCCACAGAUACCGGGGACUAUUAUGGCAACAGGAGGCUCAGGUUUCGGAGUCUUCAAGACAAUCAGUGUGUAG